AUGCCAGGAGAGUUCCGGACCAUUCAGACGCCUUGCUACCGUUGUAGGAGACUAGGAGUUCCUUGUGUAAUACGACAAACUAUCUUGGGUCGACCGAGCCCCAAAAAUCGUCCGAGUGCAGCUACAAUUUGGCUACACACUGAGACCGAACCUAGGAACGUUAUCUCACCUAUUUUCAUUGAGCUUUCCCCUGAGGCAUCGGAGCCAGAUGACGUACAGGAAGAAAGAAUUCCAUCCAGCAACUCCAUAGUUCCGUUGAGCAAGCGGUGGUGUACAAAUGAUUCUCGACUGGACCAGUCACAUCCCGCACGCUGGUAUGGUGGUCAACUACUAGUCCACACACCCCAGUCACCUGAGACAGCCUUCACCAUUCGCGCCAUCGAUACUCUUCGAUACGAGGGGGUCGAGCGAGAAUGGUUCCGACAUCUCCCGGCUUAUGCUGGACAUUCACAUGCCCUAGACUUGUCUAUCAAAGCUCUUGUCGCUGCUUGUGCCUACAAAAGAGGCACACCCCGGAUCACACCCGGCGACUGUUACCAAGCCCUAGCACUCGCCCUCAGUGCUGUGAAAACGAGCAUUGUGCAGUCCUAUGGAGAGCCAGAUGACUCUAUGCUCGCGUCGACGGCAUUGCUGGCGCGCUUCGAUGGCGAAAUACAGAAAAAUUAUAUUCCCACACGUCUACAUGUCGAAGGGCUGGCCACAAUCUUAGCAGCAAGGUCUUCGACAUAUCAGGUAACCCCCAUUGCGAGGGACAUCCUUGAUUUUCACGCCGGCGAGUCUGCUAUUAUGGCAUGCAUUCAGGGAACGGCUUCUCCUUUCGAAAAAGUCGAUCGAGCGUACUUUGCCAACAGCAAGAUGAGAUGCAGCAAGGGCGAUCGCACGCAGCUCAAGGCCUUGGGCAAUGAGAUGUUCAUUGGCCUUCCUCGGCUUGUGGGACUUGUUCGCUCAAUACGACUCGAACCAUUUGUGGAAAAUACCCUGCAUUCAGAUGCUCUUCGGCUGUUAAGGCCCCUUCUCGAACUGCAAGAUUCCCAAGCCGAGGAGAGACUACUACAAGACGCCAAAACUUGUCCCUCAGAUGAGACUGACACUGCUUCGCCACUCGGUCUGAGCCUGCAUUUCGCCUCUUACAAGGAUUUCGAAGCACUCACAUAUUACUGGCAAAGUCGCUUGUCUCUUCUCAGAUUAGAAUUGCGCCUCUAUCGGCUAUCCGUGUCAAGCUGUGCCCACGCCAAAAUCACAGAAGCAUCUGAAAUCCUGGUAGGGCCACGGCUCGACGAGAUGGUUCAGCUUGCGAAGAAUAUUCUGAUGUGCGCAGAAUAUGCCUCGACGUUACGCCUAAACAAACAUAUUCGCUUGUUUGCCCACGCGCUGGUGGUCGUGUGGGGGGUGACUAUGGACAUCCCAGGCCCUUUCGGGCAUGAUCAGGACGGCAAAGGAUCGGAUUUCCUGGCUGAUUGGCUACUGUGCAGAGUAAAUGUCCAUCGGCACGAAAAACUGCAUCUCACCGCCGAGGAUAUGAACAUCGCGGCAGACAUCUUUGUGGGCGGACCGCCCAAAGGCAGGUUCGCAGAACGCUUUGGCCUGUGA